CCUUUUGUUGAAGUGUAAAAAGUAGUGGCAUUCGAGAGAAGCAUGGAGCUGACGCGUGCUUUUGCCAGCGGAAAAUCUCUUCGAUACCCUUUUCUUUUCGCCUUCACCUCUCUUCAAAUCCGUUCUGGCUUAGCCAAUGACCCAUCAGGAGCUAAACAUGAGAGUAAAGAAGCGAGUGAUGGAGCUUCAGGAACCUCUUCGGGGUUCGUCAUAAUUUUGAUAUGCCUCGGUGUGGUGACAGUCAUAGCAUUUGGUGCUUUUCUUAUGAAAUUAUGGCAAAGGAAGAAGAGAGAAGAGCAGCAUGCUCGUCUUCUGAAGCUGUUUGAAGAUGAUGAUGAACUUGAGGUGGAACUUGGUAUACGGGAUUGACAACUCUGUCGAAUUGUCGGAUUCACAAUAGUUGAGGUGGGAAUCGCCUUCUUUGUCUAUAAGGCUGUGCUCUUCUUCCAUUCUUCUAGCUUAGC